AUGUCCAAACGCAAGAAUGAGUCGCGCGCCAUUCGUACAGCGAAGAAGAGGAAGGCAGCCAUUACCAAUGAGGAAGUGUACAAGAACUUUCGCGCCGGCCUUUUUGACCCCAAGGUGCUCGCAGAAUACACAAAGUACUACGCGAACUCGCAACCCUAUAAGCAUGCGGUCAUACAAGAUCUAGUUGACGACAAGCUGCUGCGCAAUGUCCGCAACGAGAUUCGCGAAAACAUACACUUUACGCCCAAGGAGACGGAUAUCUACAAGAUUCACCAAUCCGGUGAUUUGGCAAACUUAGAUGGCCUUGAAGAUAGCGCGUUGGAGCGCCUACCGUCGCUACUCACUUUGCGAGAUUCCUUGUACUCGUCGGCGUUCCGAAAGUACCUCUCUUCGAUCACCAACUCUGGUCCAUUGAGUGGUGUAAAGACUGAUAUGGCAGUGAAUGUAUACACACCAGGCUGUCACUUGCUCUGCCACGACGACGUUAUUGGCAGCCGGCGCGUGAGCUGGAUCCUCUAUCUGCUCGAUCCCGACAUCCCAUGGAAGCCGGAGUAUGGUGGCGCACUACGACUCUACCCUACCGAAAACCUCAAGACACCUGACGGCGAUGCGGUCAAAGUGCCACAGCCUGACUUUUCGCUCUCGAUACCUCCAGCAUGGAACCAACUGUCCUUCUUUACCGUCCAACCCGGCGAGAGCUUUCACGACGUCGAAGAAGUAUACAGGCGCGGCGUCGAAGAGAAAGUUGAGGAAGAUGGCGGACGCAUCCGCAUGGCCAUUAGCGGCUGGUUUCACAUCCCACAAGAAGGCGAAGAAGGCUACGAAGAAGGUCUGGAAGAGAGACUCGCAGAAAAGUCCUCGCUUGUUCAACUACAGGGUGGCAAGGCAGACAUCUUCGACGAGCCGCGCGCCCAUUGGGUCGAGAACCCAGACUUUGAGGAGCAGGUCAAAGACGAGGAUAAAGCGCUGACUGAAGAAGACUGCGAGUUCUUGAUCAAGUACAUGAACCCGCACUACCUGGUGCCCGACACGGUGGAGGAAAUGUCCGAAAGAUUCUCAGACGAGUCAAGUAUCCAAAUCGGACAGUUUCUCUCCAAAAGGGUUUCCGCCCGCUUGCGCGAAUACCUCGAGUCCAAGGACCAGGAGCCAACCCCCAGUCUAUCACCAAAUCCCCACUCCGAGGCGUCCAAAGUUGGCGUUGCGCGACCCCCGCAUAAACAGCGCUAUCUAUACCGUCAAGCCGUCCAGCCUCGACCCUCGACGCCCUACCCAGAAGACGACGGCACAAUGACGCCGUACGACCAAUUAGUAGACGACCUGUUCCCGCACCCAGCGUUCCACAAAUGGAUCUCCAUUGUCACGGCGACGACGGUGAAGAAGAGCAAUAUCUUCGCACGUCGGUUUAGGCGGGGCAUGGAUUAUACGCUUGCGACUGCCUAUGAGGAGGAGGAGCCGCAACUUGAAGUCUGUCUCUGCAUCACGCCGUCCAAGGGCUGGGGCGACGAUGAGGCCGAGCAAGGAGAUGCAGAUGAUGGAGGUGAAGAGGCCGACAAAGCACAGCGGAACGGUAGCAACAAGGACAAGGCCAAAGCCAAGGCCAAACCACAAGAAAAAGAACAAGAACAAGAAGAAGAAGCCAUAGAAGUAGGCGGCUACGAAAUGUACAUGGCCGGCGACGACUCCGACUCCGACUCCGACCCCGACUCCGACUCUGAAGACACACCAGCACCAGCACCCCCAACCACAACAACAACCACAACCACCACCACCGGCGCCGGCCCCCGCCGCAAAACAAAAUCCGACCCCGCAAUCUACAAAUCCGCAUCCCACAACGCCCCCGACGACGGCAUCCUGCUCUCCCAACCUGCAUCCUGGAACCAUCUUGCGGUUGUGCUGCGCGAUCGCGGUGUCCUGCGCUUUACAAAGUAUGUGUCGAGGAGUGCGCGGGGGGAUCGGUGGGAUGUGGUUGGGGAGUUUGGGGUGGAGUUUGGGGAGGAUGAGGGGAUUGAGGGGGAGGGAAGAGUUGGGUAA